UGGCGGGACUUGUUUUCAACUCUGCGCGGGAGAUUCAGGAGAAGACUCUUCACUUUCUACAACCAUCCGGGAGGGAGAGUUUUAUCCAGUUUGUCAACAUGCCGUGUGAAAGGAAGCCUAUGCGCUACGGACACUCAGAAGGACACACGGAAGUCUGCUUCGAUGACACUGGAAAGCUGAUUGUGACCUGUGGAAAUGAUGGCGAUGUUCGGAUUUGGGAGAGUCUGGAUGAUGAUGACCCAAGGUUCAUCACAGUCGGCGAAAAAGCUUAUUCUCUGGCACUCAAGAACGGCAAACUUGUGACUGCAAGUUCCAACAACACGGUGCAGAUACACACGUUUCCUGAUGGUGACCCAGACGGCAUCCUUACCCGCUUCACUACCAAUGCCACACACGUCACCUUCAACACUAGUGGCUCCAAAGUUGCUGCUGGCUCCAGUGAUUUCCUGGUUAAGGUGGUGGAAGUGUCAGACAGCAGCCAACAGAAAACCCUUCGGGGCCAUGAAGCGCCUGUGCUAAGUGUAGCCUUUGACCCCAAAGAUGACUUUCUGGCUUCUGCCAGCUGUGACGGCUCCGUCGUGGUGUGGAAUAUUGAAGAGCAGACUCAAGUGGUCAGCUGGCCUCUGCUGCAGAAGACUAAUGACAUCAGUAAUGCAAAAUCAUUGUGUCGCCUAGCCUGGCAGCCUCGCACAGCAAAGUUUUUAGCUGUUCCUGUGGAUACCAAGGUUCACCUCUACAAGAGAGGGUCCUGGGAUCAUGUGAGCACCCUGUCUGAUGAUCUGCUGACUCAGCCUAUUAAUGUCCUGGCAUGGUCUUCGUGUGGACAGUUUUUGGCAGCAGCCAGCGUGGGCGGGGUCAUAACGGUAUGGGACGCGAACAGCAAACUAUGUGUGGAGAGGCACAAACAUGAGAAGGGCUUUACAGUGUGUGGUUUAGCCUGGCAUCCGUCUGGCAGUCAGAUUGCUUACACUGACACUGAGGGCUGCUUGGGACUACUGGAUGGUUUCAGCACAUCUGUGCCCAUCACCCCCAAGGCCACUGCAGAAAAAAGCGAGCGAGGCUAUGACAACCUAUUUGAUGAUGAUGAUGAUGAUGACGCCCAGCUCAUAGAUGAAGGAUGGAGUGACGCCAAGUCCCCCUCUAAGAAAGCAAUCAAUGGGGUCAAGAACGACGACGAUGACGACGAUGAUUUCUUAAUGCCAGCAACAGGGCGUGUGAGGAACAGAGGCGCAAUCCUGGAUGAUGAAAAUUCACUUGAUACCGGCUCGCUGAAGCUGGGUCAAGAUGAAUAUGGAUUUGAUGGUGGAGCUGACUGUGCCGUGAUGCCUUCAGCUGCUCUGUCAGCUGCAAUGCGGCCUGUCUAUGAUGGGCCCCAACCGACGCUACCGCAGAAGGCCUUUCAAGCAGGAUCCACUCCAGUGCAUCUCACUCACCGCUUCAUGAUGUGGAACUCCGUAGGAAUAGUGCGAGGCUACAACGACGAGCAGGACAAUGCCAUCGACGUGGAGUUUCAUGACACAGCCGUGCACCACGCCAUGCACCUCACCAACAUGCUGGGACACACCAUGGCGGAUAUUUCCCAAGAGGCCGUACUAUUGGCCUGCCCCAGCACGAAUGAGCUUGCAAGCAAGUUGCAGUGCCUUCACUUCUCAUCAUGGGACACCAACAAGGAGUGGAUGGUUGACCUACCCGAGGGUGAGGACGCAAAGGCGCUUUGUCUGGGUCAAGGCUGGGCAGCGGUUGCCACCAGCGCACUCAUGGUCAGAUUCUUUUCCAUCGGUGGAAUUCAGAGGGAAAUCUUCAGCCUGUCGGGGCCUGUUGUCUGUAUGACGGGACAUGGAGAGCAGUUACUCAUUGUCUACCACAGAGGUACAGGUUUUGAUGGGGAGCAGCUGCUUGGCGUGCAGUUACUGCAGUUUGGUCAAAAGCGGAGGCACAUUAUCAACGGCGAACCUCUCCCACUCUCCCUCAAAUCUUUCCUUUCCUGGCUCGGAUUUACUGCCGAAGGUACCCCAUGUUAUGUAGAUUCAGAGGGGGUGGUACGAAUGCUGAAUCGCUCCUUGGGCCACACAUGGACGCCCGUUUGCAACACCAGAGAGACAUGCAAAAGCAAAUCAGACAGCUAUUGGGUUGUUGGGGUACACGAGAACCCUCAGCAACUCAGAUGCAUACCAUGUAAAGGAUCCAGGUAUCCACCCACCCUGCCCAGACCUGCAGUGGCCAUCCUGCCUUUCAAGUUGCCUUUGUGUCAGACAACUACUGAGAAAGGACAGAUGGAGGAACAGUUCUGGCGCUCAGUGCUCUUCCACAACCACUAUAACUUCCUGUCGUCCAGCGGUUAUGAAGUGGACGAGGAUGGACAGAGUCAGUCGCAGAAAGAACAGCAGGAGCUGCUUAUGAAGAUGUUUGCGCUGUCAUGUAAAUUGGAACGAGAGUUUCGCUGCGUGGAGCUGGCGGAGCUAAUGACUCAAAAUGUGGUGAUGCUUGCCAUUCGAUACGCGUCUAGAUCCAAACGCAUGGUCCUUGCACAGCGCCUCAGCGAGAUUGCGCAUGAGAAAGCCACUCGGAUUCAGGAUGAAGAGCAGGAGGAGACCGAAUAUUGUGACAUCAGGCAGACUUCAUCUGGGUAUGACCAGCCUGAGGACAGAGAAAAACAUCACAAUAGACAAGAGGAAGAACCUGACCAAGAGCCCGAGGAACAAGAGGACCAAGAGGAAAUGGAAUCUGAAGAUGGCGCAGUAGCCCCAAAACGUCUCAACCCGUUUGCCAAAGUGACAGGAUCACCUUCAAAGCAAGCCACCCCACCCACUGGUAAGCUUGGCCGCUCAAACCCUUUCAAGGUUUUUUGUGCGGGGAAGUCCUCCUCUGCUUCUGGUCAGCCUCGUGUGGCAAGCAUCUUGGACAACAUGACGUCCAACAGGAAGUCAGCUCCACUCAGUGCAUCUGCAGGAAAGUCAAACAAAAGCACCGUCCUCAAACCACUCCCCCCCAGACCAAAGACCAAGUCACAGUCUACUCUGCUGCAAAUGACCAGUGCAAAGGCAGCCAAUAAGAAGACCCGGGAGAGUUUGGAGACGUCUGUAGAACAACAGAAGCAACCCGAACUCCCAACAGCUCCCCCGCUGGCCGACAACCCAGAAACUAAAAGACCCAAAACAGGCUUUCAACUUUGGUCAGAAGAGAAUAGGAAGAACAUCAUAGCAGACCACCCUGACCUGGAGGAGACUGACAUCAUCAAGGAAGCAAUGAGUCGCUUUAGAUGCCUGUCAGCUGAGGAGCGAUUGUCGUGGACAGAGCGAGCAAAGGGCCUGACUGUCGACGUGACGGACCUAAAGAAGAGAAAACGGGCGGAGGCGGGCGGAGGUGUGGAAAAUGACAUUGCUCAGUCAGAUGCUGAUGAAAACAAUGCCAAGAAGAAGAAAGCAUUUGAUACUUCAAAGCUGUCUGCCUUUGCUUUUCACAAUAACUGAUUUGUGCUACUUGUUGAAAUGACAAACUGUUCAAAUGAACUGUGUUGAUGUCCUCUGGUUCUUAACAAUCACCUUCAUUGACUUGCAUUUUGUAUACUGCUUUUAUUGUGUUUUAAUGGUUUAAUAAAAACAAUGUAU